UGUUUACCAGGACAUCGUAUUUAUUUAGAGGAUGCAAUAAUCGCAUCCUCAUUGGUUCUGAUGUCUUUCAUAUUUGGCCGACGUCGUUCCUCAGACGCAGCUUCUACUGCUCACGAUGAGCCCGAGGCACUCAAACGAUCAUCAUCGCAUCGCCAUAUCCCCGACUCUCACCAAGAUGACCAUACCAACAACGGGGGAUUCCGAAGUUUAUUUCGAAGGCACAGCGGUAGUUCAGACAUACCUUCUCCAAUCGCAACACAAGAAAAAGAAAAGUCAAGUUCAAUUGAGGCGAGCACGCCAUCCAAAUCAGGACGAGGGAGUAGUGGCCGACAAAAUGACAGCAAAAACCCCCGUGGCUCCCCUAGGCGCGACUCGCCCGCAGCAGGAGAACACUGUGAGCCAGCGCAACCUGGAAAUAUCUAUGAUUAUCUCGAAUCCAAAUUGGAGAUGGUGGGCAAACCAAAAGACAACUCGCCUGGUACCAACCCCAGCCCACCAGAAGAAUCAAAUCUCACAGCGAAAGAUAUCAAGGCAAUGUUGUCUGGGGCACCUCACUUUUUUCUGGAGAAAGGCAAGAAUCGUCUAUGGUAUCCCCAGGUGAUAUUCCCCUGGGAUGAGCAGAACCCGGUAAUCCAACAUAUGUGGGAUCGCAAGCCAUUGCCCCAUGCAUCCUUUACUCUGAGCACACUUCACGCUCAUCUACCGCUCCCAGACGACUGGGCUGUCAAAGGUGGCGUUCCGAUCGAAGUCCUUGACUGGCGCCGAAUAGACGGUAUCAACAGGGCAACGUUUGACGUCGGGAUCUUCGAAGUACCCAACAUGCUGUCCAACAAUGGCAAAGAACCCGGCACCAUCGGUUUCCGGCACUUUCUUGAAUUGCCUGUGGCUGACUCGAUCCGAUACACUGGCCCCGAAAAGCCAAGGAACCCUCCAUAUUUACAACAAGUCCCAACCAUGGCGGCAAGCGCGGCGUACGAUUUAAUGGAGGGAUAUACCAAACCGUAUUCACAAUGCCAAAGUGGUGCCGUGUACGAUCGACACAGACUCAUCUGCCAAGGCCCCGAGGCCUGGAAGCGCAUUGGAGUACGUGAUAUCAACAUGCGAUCUCUCGUGCAACGCUUAGAAUAUCUGUGCAAGUUACGACAUGACAUCCUCACAGAGGGAUCGACGAAGACAAUCCUGGAUAUUGAAAGUCCGCGUGAGUUGCACGAAAUUUUACACUCCCAGUUCCUUCACCCUCGCCCUCCACCUACCGGCAUCAUAGAAGGUCAUCCACAAAGCGUCAAAUCCCAGAUCAAAACUUUGGCAAUCGUGCUGGCCACCCCAGGAGCAUGGAUCAAUUUCAGUCUUCCCGAAUGGCGCUUUCGGGCAGGACAGGUCCUAUGGGAGGCAUCCCUGCAUGGUGAUGGGGACUGUCUGGACCCCGAUUCAAGUACUGAGAAAGUGCCGCGGGAUGUUUUGAUCAAGUCCGGGAUGGAACGAAAGUGGUUGCUGAUUCAGAUGCUCCUCUCUGCUGAGUUGCUUCUGCGCUUGGAUGCGUUCGUUCGAGUUGGCAUGUUGCAUGAUCCACACGGUGGUCAUAUCACGAUACAUGAGCUUGCGCAAUUCGAAAAAUUGCGAGAAGGCAAGCUAAAUUGGGAUCUGGUUGUUGUACGCCGGUUCCUCGACAGUCUCAAUAUCACUUGCCCGUCGCCGCAAUCAGAGCCAUAUCCGGGUGGCUCACGGCCAAAACUCUUCGCCACCAAGUCGCAUGAGAAACGCCAUCGCUUUUCCCUACUUGAAAGCAUCACUCGGCGUGGCUCGCCUCCUGUUGCGGAUCUACCGUCUGCCUGGAACUGUGAACUGAGCUCUUCGCACGUUCGACAGCAGCUGGAGGGUCUGUAUGUCUUCGCAGAAAACAUUGGAUGGCCAAAAUUGGCUGCACUGAAAGCUACCAUGGAGCUUAAACUUGGAGACCCUAACAAUCCGGUUCUACCAGUCUUAGUCGUCGAUGGGAGGUGGGGACGGGAAAAAAUAUCCAAGGAAAUAUUACUGGCCAAGGAGGAUAUGUACACACGAAACCCCUGCCGCCGACGCGUCAAGCUUUGUAGCUCUGGCGAUCCACAGUCAAAAACUUUAGGCUGGAUCUCGCGUUCCUGGCUCUCCGGGUUCGUGAUACCUGGAGAGGGGAUCAGUCACCUUCUCAUGGCGACGCUCCUUGAGAACGACGCAGAUGCACUGGAUCAACUGGGCUCAUUUGCCAACCUCUAUGGAGGGUUCGUCUACGGCGAACGGAGUUGGUGGAGCAAAGCAUGCGUUGUCGGACGUGUCUUGUCUAGUUCAGCGGGAGCUAAGACAUGCAUGGGAUGGAUCAGCAGCGACAUGAUGCCCCGCGACGCGAUUACGCAGGAAAAAUUUAAAUGUGGAUGGCUUGAACUCCCAGUUGAAGAGGUUCCGCAGAUCUCGAGCAGGCCUCGAAUCAAGCACGGAGUCAAGCUUGCGUUGGAAUCGACACCGCUAGGCAUGGGAGAUAUCACAGCAGAGGCCUUUACACUCCCAACGGAUAAUCCAGAGCCAAGUGCAACAUCUAGUGUGAAGAUCGAAGGGUUGACUCUGUCUGUCGAUGAUUACAGGCCUCCCAACGGGAACGGCAUUACAACUGCUCAGGCAUCCAUGUCGUUCUCGAUCGCAGGCGCAGAUAGUGCUGGAGUUUCAACUACGGUUUGUUUCCCCCUCAAAUAUAAUGUGCGCUUUGUCUCCGCCCAUGAGUGCUGUCCACCGUUGGGGGUCGCUUCUCACAAGCCAUCCGACCGCGAGAAAAUUGAAACCCAACAGCCUACGAGACCUGUGUCCAAGUACACACGUCUACCAGGCCAUCCUCUGCACAUCUCUUAUCGAUACAAGUAUGUUUCCUUGGACUCCCUUUCCAAUACCCCGGCGCCGCAAUCGACAUCGUCGCAAGGUCCAGAGGCAGCUCAAGCUCCAGAGAUUAUUGUCAUCGACGCGCGGGGCAACAGAGACAGGGAAACCUUCGCUCGGGCGUGGUGUGCUGCUGUUGGGUGCCAUGCGAUAAUAAGUCGGUCCGGGGGAACUCGUGUGACAUGUUGUGUCGCGUGUUCAAUAAGGCAAGCGAGAGCCAUUGACGCAAUGGUUGUGGUACGUGUGGGCGAAUGAGGUGGCAUUUUGCAAAUGAAUACAACAUGGUUGGUCGCGCAUGCUGCUACUUCUGGAGGCCGAGGCCGAGUUCGGGGAUUGUCUGGCGUAAUGGAGCCCGAAACACGAAGGGCCAUAAUCGCGCAAACCGGGGCAUUGUCUCCAUGAUUGAGUACAAUAUAGAAAUAAGUCCACGGAUAUUGGCCCCUUUUUGGGACCGGAAAAGCCUUUGGUGGCUUCAACGGGUUUUUCUCUCCGGAGAAGCCGUGGGGAGGGCGGAAUCCAAGCCUAUCGAGAAGGGGGGAAAACGCCCUCUGCACCAUCGGAGAAACGCAAGUUAGAAAUCAGUGAAUACCACCUUCCUCUUCUCCAUCAGCUGAAAACAAAAAAAAAUAAAAAAAUAAAAACGCCGCAAAUCAUGAUAGGGGCAAAAUGGAGAGAGGAAUGGGUUUUCUCUUGGGAGGACGCGUAAGGCAGGUUGCAGGUUAAAAAGGGUGACCCUCCCCCUUGAGGGAACCGAUGACCGAAUGAAGUCAAGGGCCCCGAAGAUGGUGAAACAGCCGGACCAAAGCUGAGGGGCCAGUGAGAUCUCUGUAUUGCUGGCCCACAGGGAGAUCUCCGAUCUCAUACAAUGGCACUCUGUACUACGGAGUACGAAGUACGGAGUUCUGUUACUAUAUAUAUUGUAGCCUGGAGGGUGUAGGGGAAGUGUACUUUCGGGUUUGAGGUAAAACCCUAAUUGUACUAUAUUACUAUAUUGC